UAGCUGAAAUAUUGUCUCAGUUAUUGCGGUGAAUUCUUAAAUAACGGUUCGUUUUUAUCUUUUGAGUAAAACUUUUGUGCGCCCCCUAGGGUCUCUAUAUGUGUCAAAACUUGUCGAAAAAAAAACGAAAUUCAAAAGACGACCUUCAAAAAUCCAAAAAUUCUAACUCAAAAACAAGAACAACAAGAAGCAAAGAAUUAAAAGCAUAACAAGUAGCAAACUAAAUGAAAUGGAAAUUUAAAAAUCUAAUCAAAUAUUUUAUAAAUAUUACCCCAAAGUGAAAGAAAACAUCCAAAAUAUUGCAUAAUUUUAUUUUCGAGGUGAAAACAAAAACACGCUCACCUACAGUAAAACAAAAUUCAAAAAGCAACCGAAAUAUUUAAAUUAAUAAAAAUAUUUUAAUAUUUUCAACAAUCGUGAGAAAAAUUCUCAAAUAUAAUAAAUUACACGGCAGAAAACGUGAAUGAAUAUUGGUCAUUGCCAUUAGUGAGGAGAUAGCGGCAGAGGCGGGCCCAUCACCUUUAGUGAAUGAAGGAAUAGUGAAAAUCGUGCAUCAUUCAGUUAGUCCGGUUAGUCGUUCCGUGGCGUUCGUUGGCCUAACAGCCAACCUGCUGAGGUUGACAACGCGCCUAUUCCAACGUCAAUUCAUGUCGUUCAUUACACCUCCCGGAAUUUGUGAGAUUCUUCGUAGCUCUAAAUAUAAACAAGUGCGAACAUAAUUAUUUUCAAAUUUAUUGUAACAUUAUUUCUAGUGCAACAACAAGUUUUACAAAUUGUAAAUCCCCAAAGAAUAAGAAACGCGAAACCAAAAAGAAUAUCGGCAAGAAGACAAGUUGUUACGCUACAGUGGCACCUCCAAGUGCGAAGAAUGCAGCAGCCGAAGAAAACAAGCAGACAAGCAGAAGAAGAACAACAGAAAAACAUGUUUAAAAAUAAAUUAUGAAACAAAGUGCAUAACAGAAAUAUUUCAAAUAUUUGUUUACCCAUAGAAAAAUAGAAUUUGAAAAAUAACAAAAACACAAAAAAAACUAAAAAAAAUACUUUAGAAAAUUUCCCUACUAAAAAUAAACAAGAAAACAUUUGACACAACUCAAUCAUGCCUUUAUACAGUGAUUCCUCCAACUAUUUUUAUAGUGGGGGUAGUACCCCCCUAUUUUCCCCCUACUACCCAGGCUCGAGUAGUAGCCUCACAACUUCCACCUACAGUCCCUACACUUCCACCUACAACCGUACCCUACCGGGCUCUUAUGUGGUGCCCAUAACACCAUCACGCUCACCUUCUUACUCAACACAUGCACUUUCCUCAACUUCGCGUUAUCAGCCCAAAUUGAGCACCAUUACCGAAUCCUCACCUCUGAUGAGUGUAUCGCGGCACACAACUCUGAUGCCAUUGACGCGCAUCAACUCACCCAAGUACACCAGUUACUCGAGCAGCAGCACUCCAAUUCACACUCCCAAAUACACACCACCGAAGCCGAUUUUGAUUAAUACCGCCGAUAUCGAUGUGUCGGCAAAUCGUUAUCGCAAGCGCAAGGAGGAAGCCAUGAAAGCUGUUCAGCGGGAGCAUGAAUUGCAAAUGGCCAAUUUGACAAAUGCAUUGACAAAUCGCGAAUCUCAGGAUGAGGAGAAAAAGCCCCAACAAACGAAUUUGUAUGACCCUCAAGCGGACAGAGGGGAGUUGGAAGGCCCUCAAAGAAAUCGUUCUACCAUUAAACGCAAUCGGGCCGUUGUACGUUUGUCCACAAUACGUUCUCGCAGCAAAGAUCGUAAUCGUCAAAAAUUCGAAAAUCUUUACACAGACGAUGAGCCAGAUGGUAAAAAGGCAAAAGAACCAUCCACUGCAGCAACAGGUGAGCAAUUCACUGACAGCAAAUUACCAAAUCUUACAGAUGAUUUGACCCCGAAUCCCUUGGAGGAGGUGAUUCUGGAAUUGGACCCCAAAGACAAUAGUGUUAGAAGAUUAAGUAUACCCCAAUGCCCCACUUUCCAUGAUAUCUGUGAAGAUAUCUCCUCCGAUAAAAUCGAUGAUGAUCUCAAUGCAGGGGCCCUGCGUCGUCGAGCUUCCAUUAUACAAAUCCAAGAACAACAGUUACUCAAUCAAUUGCAAAAAUCCCCUUCAGGUUCAUUGCAAACCAUUCAUCUGGAGCGACGCGAUAGCCACGACAGCUCGGAUGGUUCUAUGGCGCCGCAAACGGCACUCAAAAGACACUCGAAACGUCUCUCCAAGAAAGGUAAUAAAAUACGACACAGAAUUACAGCCAUAGUUGAAGUUGAAAAUGAUCCUUCGGCAUUUUUAGUCCUGGAGAGAAAUGAGAAACAACAAAAAUCACCAAAGUUCACGGUUAAUGUUGAGAGCGUGGAGGAGCAUCACGAAAUACACAAAGUAUUCAAAUUGCCCAAAAAGAAGAGUGUUAAAAAGUCCUCGGCAGCGGCGAAAAACAAAGAACCCCAUCAAUUGCCAGAGGGAUUUAUGACACCUUUGCCAAAGCCCCAAACCUCUCCCAAAAAGAAAAUGGUGGAGAAAAAACCCACAUAUGAAACAAAGGCGGAGAUUUUUACCUUCGAUGAGGCGACUGUUGAGGCAGCCAAAGUUCAAGAAGAAGCCUUAAAGGAGGAUGUAAAUGUUAUGAAAUCCCCAACAGAGGAGGAAAUAAAAACUCCCAAAGAGAAUUUGAAAAAGUCUGUGGAAGAAGAAAUCAAAACUCCCAGUAAAAUCUCAAAAAUCGGCACAAAGAAAGAAGAAUCACCAACAAAGGGUAUUUCUAAACCAACAAAAGCAAAAUCGGAUUCACCAAAAACUCCUAAAUCUCUUGUCAUUAAUAAGGAUACCUUAGAUGAACACCACAAGGAAGUAACACCUUCGGCUGCAAAAAUAACAGAGUCUAAAGAUGAUUCAGCUGAACAAUUCAACUCCUUCACUAUAAAACUUAAAACUCCCAAGAAACCUGUAUCUAAAGAGGAAACUUUAACUGAGCCUUCAUUUUCAAGGCCUGAUGAAAAUGAACCCAAGUCUACAGCCAAGACUUUAAAACACUCGCAAUCCUUAGACAGUGGACCCAAGCCUGCAACUGGCCAGAAGACUUUGGAAAAAUCCAACUCAAUUACGGUGGAGUUAGAAACUCCAGCCACUCCAAAAACGCCUCUACAAGAAAAAUCCAAAAUUUCCGAACCUUUGAAAACUUCCCAAUCGUUGGGAAAUGUCUCUGCCAAACCAGGUAGCGCCAAAACCUUGGAAAAGUCGAACUCCAUAAAUGUGGAAUUGAAAACGUCUGCCCCAUCUACUUCCAAGACACCACAAACUCCUCUUCAGGAAACUAUACCCGAAGAGCCUUUAGUGGCCACUCCCAAACCCAUACGUAAGGUCAUGAAGAAAUCCGAUAGUGGUGAAGAUUUUUGGGCUCAAAUUGGUACACGUGAAACUCUCUACAUGGAUAAAAGAAAACACGAACUUCUGGACUCCUUGUGGCAGAAAAGGGAAGAUUUCUUGGAAUCUACCACCAGUGAUGCGGUUAAAAAUUUGGAAGAAAUCAAAACUGCAGUUUCUGAGCAAAAGGUGGAAGCCCUAAAGCAAGCCGAAGAGGCAGAACGAUCUUCCAAGUCCACAGUAGAACGUUCCAACUCCAAUGACUCUGCCUUGAAUAAGGAAGAUCUAAAGAAAAUUGAAAAUAAAUUGGAGAAAACUACAGCUGGUGUGAAAAAAGAACCCAAAGAGGCUGAAAAGAAAGACGCCUCAGCUGUAAGCAAAUUGAAAGACGAGGAGAAGAAAGAAGUCAAGAAAAUAUCCCCCAUCAAAAAGAAUGUAACAUCCCCUAAGCCCUUAGAUAGUCCAAAACCCCCGGGAACACCAAUUGCAAAGAAACGUCUUAAUUUGGGAGAGGCUAACAAAGAAUCGCCACAAAUUAACAAAAUAAUGACUGCAAACUCCAGUGGCAGUCCAAAGUCUCCGGAGACGCCAGUUGAAAAGAAGCCUAUUAAUUUGGAUUCACCCCUUAAUAACAAAUUGGCCCUUGAUAAAAACGAACCAAAAUCGCUAUCAUCAGCAGCCAAACUCGCAGAAGCUAAAAUUCCAUAUUCCCUUGACUCCAAGGAAGUAAAAAUAUCUGCCACACUCGCCACUGAGGCAAAGGCAAAGACUUCAGCUGGCGCAAUUACGACAACCACUACUACGACGCCGACAAAAAUAUACGGGCACCCAGCCAAGUCACCUGAACGGCAAGAGCCAGAAGAGUCAACGGCGAAACAGACAACACAAGCCAAAGGCAAUUACAAAAACAACAACAAACAAGAGAAGGCAUUAGACAUUAAUAAAACAUUAGCAUCACCAACAACGGCAACGGCAACGACAACGACAAAAACAAAUGACCAACAACAGUUGCCAGAAACUGAAUUAUUGGCAAAGCCACUUACUGCGACCAAAGACAAUAACAUCAACAACAACAAAAUUACUGUGAAAUCGUCAGCAGAAGCUCUCCCAACGCCGGGCAUCACCACAAAACAACCGGAAACCAAAGCUGUGACAGCGGAACUAAAAACUAACGCCGCUCUCACCACACCAACAGACUCAGAGGCAAAGCCCACGAAAAAGAAAACGCCCACCAAAACAAAAGCCCCCACACCACCCAAGACAAAGGCAAAACAAUCGCCCAAAAAUGUCAUCAACGCCGAUCAAUUUAUCGCAAAGGCACCUGCAAAGGCAUCAAAUGCAUCACCGCCGGCAAAACAAACCAAAACAACAACGGCAGCAGCCUCCGGAUCUCCCACUACCAAAAAGACCCCCGAUGCCAAAAAGAAAACUACAAACAGCGCGGCGAACGUCGCUGCAACCACUUCGCCAAAAAAGUCGUCGGCUGCGGCAGCAACCACAACCACAACUACAGGCAUCGCCUCACGCUCUGGGCACGAAGAAAUUCGCAAAGAAAUUGGCAACAAAACAACGAACGGCUCCGAAGAUGUUGUCAACAACAACGAUGUCCACCACCACCAGGCUGGCGGCACAUGCGGCGGUAAUCUAUCAAAGUUCGCCACAGUAUCGAAUUUGGCACAGUGUUUACAGGACGUUGACGCAGAUCUAGACGAUUAUAUAGCAUCGUCCGCGGAAAACAGUGAAGGCGAAACCUAUACAGACGACAGUGAUUUUGAUUAUUCCAGUAUAGACGGUUGGGAUAAAUUCACACCAAGCAUGAAAAAGAAAAUUAAGCAACGUCACCGUAAGGAAAAACAGGCCGAACAGGCCCGUUUCGAUCCGCACAAGAAAGUUAAAAUUGACACAACGCGUAAAUUGUAUGUGAAAGAAGAGGCACCGCGUUACCCACUUGUCGCCACACCGCGUCCCCUGUGGAAGCGCGAUAAAGUCGUGUAUCCCGUCGAUGAUUCCGAUGACAGUGAUGAAAGUGAGGAAAGCGGCUCCACCGAGGAGACCGAAGAGAGUGACGAAUGCAGCACCUCCGAAGAGUACGAGGAUGAAUUGAAUCCUGCGGCAGCUUCAGGUGCAGUCGGUGGUGAUCCAAAUAUAAUACGCAUGAGUACCUGCAGCAAUGAUUCUGGUUUUGAGGGUGGCACAGCACCUUCAAGUCCGAAAAAAAUGCUUGAAACUUCAUACACAUAUUCACAAUUCCAAAAGUCCGGACGUUUUACACCGCCAGCCACAAUUAUACCUAGAUUUAAGAAUUAUUCAGUCGAUGAUUUUCAUUUCCUAGCUGUGCUAGGCAAAGGAAGUUUUGGCAAAGUACUCUUAGCUGAAUUACGUGAUACCACAUAUUAUUAUGCAGUUAAAUGUUUGAAAAAAGAUGUUGUCCUCGAAGACGAUGAUGUCGAUUCAACGCUGAUAGAACGCAAAGUUUUAGCCUUGGGUACCAAGCAUCCGUAUUUGUGUCACCUGUUCUGUACAUUUCAAACAGAGAGCCAUUUGUUCUUUGUAAUGGAAUAUCUAAAUGGUGGCGAUCUAAUGUUUCACAUACAGGAAAGUGGACGCUUUACAGAGGAAAGGGCCCGCUUUUAUGGUGCUGAAAUUAUAUCAGGACUGAAGUUCUUACAUAAAAAGGGCAUUAUAUACAGAGAUCUCAAAUUGGAUAAUGUUCUGCUGGAUUAUGAAGGACAUGUGCGCAUUGCCGAUUUUGGCAUGUGUAAAUUACAAAUUUAUUUGGAUAAAACAGCUGAUAGUUUCUGUGGUACACCCGAUUAUAUGGCGCCCGAAAUUAUUAAGGGCGAGAGCUAUAAUCAAAAUGUUGAUUGGUGGUCCUUUGGCGUUUUAUUGUAUGAAAUGCUUAUUGGUCAAUCACCAUUUAGUGGAUGUGAUGAAGACGAACUAUUUUGGUCGAUAUGCAAUGAAAUUCCAUGGUUCCCAGUCUACAUAACAGAAGAGGCAACAAGCAUACUUAAAGGGCUUCUCGAAAAAGAUCAUGAUAAACGUAUUGGCAAUCAAUACAGUCCAGCUGGAGAUGUGGUGGAACAUGUGUUCUUUAGACCUAUCGACUGGAAUCUUUUGGAAAAACGUCUAAUAGAGCCGCCAUGUAGGCCUCAAGUUAAACAUCCUCUGGAUACACAAUACUUUGAUCGUGUAUUUACAAGAGAACGUGUACGUCUGACACCCAUCGAUAAGGAUAUACUACAAUCCAUGGAUCAGAAACAGUUCCUAGGUUUUACAUAUACAAAUCCUCACAUAACGUUGGACUAAGAACGCCUACCCGGAAUCCCCAGGCUCCAUAAAUGAUUUUAUUAAAAUCGAACUUAAAUCUAUUUUUGUUUUGUGAUAGAAAAUCAAUUUUAAUAUUGUUUAUCGCACAAUUGGAUACCAUAUAUUUUUGGCUUCAACCAAAGGACAUCUUCAAAUUCAGUUAGAAGAGAACUUUUGUUGAUUUGUGAUUUGUUUAGAAAGGAUUAAAAAAAAUUAAGUCCUCUACCUCUUCCCAUAAAAAUACUAUUUUUGUACUGAAACCCUAAAGCGUUUCAAAUAAAUUUUUCUUUUGUUUUAUUCUGUUUAGAGUUUCUUAUGUCUAAGAAACUGGGACAUUGCGAAAUUUCCUGCCCCACUCAACAAAUUUUUACUAAGUUUCUUCUUUUUUUUAACUAUUUUGGUGUGGAAUAUUUCCUGAACGUUUUCCCUCACUUGUUAAACACUCGUUAUGAAUAUUUACAUAUUUGUAUAAAAACCAGUAUUUUAUAACAAAUUGUUUGUUUAGAAUUUUAAAUAAGCGCAUAAAUAUUGACUUUAUGAACUUUAUUGCAAAAAAAAAAGAAAAAACAUCCACAAAUUAUUCUUUAUUUUAAUUUUUCUGUAUCUCUCUCUCCUUUUAUGCUCCAUAUUAUUUAUAUAGGAUAUAGUUUUAUAGUAAGUAAAACAUUAUAAUUUAUUUUAUUUUUAAGGAAACAAGAAGAAUGUAAUUUAAAUUCCUAAUCCGCUUACAUUUAAGCUUACGAUCAGUUUUCAUAUUGGCAUAAUGCAUAAUGUUUUCCAUUAAAAUGCUUGAAUUAGCAGUUUUUGUGAAAAAAAAAUCUGUCGAAUUUUGAAAAAGUGUAUUCGAAAUUAAACCAUUGUGAAAAAAUAACAAAAUUUUUCCAAAA